AAACGCUCCCUUUGAAGAACUUCGGGAACGAACGGGCGGAAGUGCGCCUGCGUAGCAGUUGGACGAUGUCAGUCUAGGAAUUUUUCUUUUUUUAAAAAAAAAAGAAAUUGUGGAAUUCUUCUCCAUAAUAGGUAGAACUUGGACCUACCUACAGCAUUUGCAACCAGGUUCGGAAGAGUAAUCAAUGCAUUCCUUCUAACAGAUUCUCCCUUUCCUUUCUGGAUAUUCCUGGACCUGAAAUUGAACAAACAGAAGACCAUGUCCGACGAGCAGAUAAUAAGCCUUGACCAGUUUGGCCCAGAUAUCCUUGCCGAAAUUGAAAAACUGUUCCAGAAGACCUUUUCCUACACCAAACCAGCCAACAACGAAUGGCAGUUGCCCGAUCCCAGCCAGGUUUUCGCCUCCCAUCACAAAGCGUUCGGUUCCCUUGAGGCGCUCAAGGAUUCCUUGAACGACGUCAAGAACAAACUCAGCGAUAAACAGCUGGAUGAGUGGCACCAGCACACUUCCUUCACCAACAAAGCAGGGAAAGUUAUUGCCCACGUCAAGAAGUCGGUCAACGCUGAGUUGUGCACUCAAGCGUGGUGCAAAUUCCACGAGAUCAUUUGCACUUUCCCUCUUCUCCCGAGCGACGCUCUUCAGAACGGCGAACUCAACUCCGUCCAUCUAUGUGAGGCCCCCGGAGCUUUUAUAGCCAGCCUCAACCACUAUCUGAAGUCUCACCGCAUCCCUUGCGAUUGGAACUGGGUGGCCAACACCCUGAAUCCGUACCACGAAGCGAACGAUACCCUCAUGAUGAUUAUGGAUGACCGGCUUAUUGCUAACACGUUGCCCUGGUGGUAUUUUGGUCCGGAGAACACCGGAGACAUCAUGAGCCUGAAUCACCUCACGGGGCUGCAGCAUUUCAUAAGCAACAUGGCCACCGUUCAUUUGGUCACCUCCGACGGGAGUUUCGAUUGCCAGGGGAACCCGGGCGAGCAAGAGGCGCUCGUUUCCCCCUUGCAUUACUGCGAAACGGUCACCGCCCUAAUGACGCUGAGUCCCGGAGGCUCUUUUGUCCUGAAGAUGUUCACCUUGUUCGAACAUAGUUCGGUGAAUUUGAUGUUUCUCCUCAACUGUUCCUUUGAGGAGGUUCACGUUUUUAAACCCGCGACGAGCAAAGCAGGGAACUCCGAGGCCUACGUGGUUUGCCUGCGCUAUUUGGGCCGGGAAGCCGUUCACUUCGUCUUAUCUAAGAUGCUGCAGAACUUUGGGUCAGAACUGGUGUCCAAGGCCCUGUUUCCCCAGCACUUGAUCCCAGAGUCCUUUCUCAAAGUCCACGAAGAAUGCUGCUUGUUCUUUCACAAGCAGCAAACGGAGACAAUUUCCGAAAACCUCCGGCUCUUUGACCGCAUGGACGAAGCGGAGCAGGCCAGGUUAAACGCUCUGCGGGACUGCUGCGUCAGAUAUUUCCUGCAGAGGUUCCAAUUGAAACCCCUGUCCCGAAACAACUGGCUGGUGAAGAAGCCUCAUGCCGGCUACAGCAUGAACUCCAAAUGGUUUGGGCAGAGGAACAGGUAUUUCUGCACCUACAACGAGCGGAAGCUGCUGGAAUCCCUCUCCUGGGAAGAUAAAGUUGUCAAAGGAUGUCUUAACCAGUGGAUUGACGAACACGUUCUCGGUAACGUUGGGAAGGGCUGCGUUUUAGAAGGAGCCCCCGGCAACCUAGACUGUCACCUAUGGUAUAUCUUGGAAGGCAAGCGAUUGCCGAGAGUUAAAUUUUCUCCCUUCUGUGGCGGGGAGGUAUUGAAGAGCCUCAACGAAGCCAUUGAAAAAUCGUUGGUUGGCCAAACUGUUCGCGGUGACCACACCCAAGCGGCGUAUGCAGAGUGCCAAUUUUGCUGUGUUCUUCCCGCAUCAUCGGUGCUGUCCGAAUUAUCAGAACUGAUGGGAUGUCUCGAACCUGCUCCGGAUCAAGAUUGCACAAGCCAAAGGAAGUGCUUGGUUUUAGGUUGCCCCCUGUUUUACGAUGUUGAAAGUAGGUCUGGCUGGGAAAUUAAAAAUGUGGAGUCAGCCCCUCUCUUGGCUUUUAGCUGUACUUUACUGCAUGACGGAGAACCGAAAUAUCAGCUGCAUUUUCUAGAAUGCCUGUUGGGUGCGUUUCCUCAGCUUCAGAAAGGAGAUGCGUUGGUUUUGCCGGUUCUUUCUUGCUUCACCCGCUUCAUGGCGGGUUUAGUCUUCAUAUUGCAGAGCUGUUUCCAGCGUAUUUCCUUCGCUUGCCCCACCUCGUCUCAGCCCCUAAGGACCAAUGCCGUCUUGCUCUGUGUCGGAUAUCAAGGUCUUCCAGAUUCGGUUUUCGAGUACCUGCAGCAGCUAAAUGAACUUAUGAGAACUCUGCUUGAUUCAACGUCCCCCCAGCAGAUCUUGCAAUUUGUACCUAUGGAGCAUCUGCUGAAGGGUUCGCUGAUGGAGUUCCUGUGGGACCUCAAUACUGCUAUUGCAAAAAGGCAGUUGCAUCUGAUUGUCCAAAUUGAACAGCAGAAUAUGACAUGAGGAGGCUACAGCUUUUCUAGUUUGGCUAGUUAGGCAUAUAUAUAUAUAUAUAUUUUCCUCUCUAGGGAACAUGUUUAUAUCUCAUGAAGAUAUCUCAUGAACUUCUGAGGAAGAGGAGAAGUCCAGGCAGGAGUGGAUAAUCCAUGGACCCUGAAGCACUGUUAUAUUAUAUCUCUCAGCUGCCCCAGCCAGCCUGGUCAAUAGUAGGGAUACCAGUGGGAAUUGAUUAGACAAUAACUGGAGCACCAUGUAAGUUCCCUACUUUUCACUUAAAUCAGGGCUGUCAAACUCCCAACCCACGCUCCGGAUGCAUCAUGCGCUGACCACGCCCAUGCCCGGUUUUGCAAAGGGGGGGGGGGAAAGUCCCGAUAUGUCACAUGACACCACUGUGACAACGUGAAUUUGACACACCUGAUUGAAGUAAUAUUAGGAGCCCCGGUGGCGCCAGUGGUUGGAAUGCAGUAUAGCAGGUUAACUCUGCCCACAGCCUGGAGUUCGAUCCCGACAGGACCCAAGGUUGACUCGGCUUUCCACCCUUCCAAGGUCUUCCAAAUGAGGACCCAUGUUGUUGAGGGCAAUAUGCAACUAAUGCUUCUACCUUGUAAACCACCCAAAGAAUACUAUGAAGCAUUACAGGGUGGUAUGUAAUUCUAAGGGCUAUUGUUAUUGCUAGAAGAACUUCUGUCCGUAAUCCAGGGUUCUCCAUAUAUGGUGUUUUCCCAUGUGUGUUGGAAUGACAAGUCUCGGAAUUCCUGACAAGAGGCCAUGCUGACUGGGACAUCUGGAGCUGCAGCUGUAGCAUUUAUGUCAGGUGGCUAGGAAAAAUGGCUUUGACAGACCUUGCUCAAGGCUGCUUUUAUGGUACUUUCAUGUCAGGGAGAACCUUUGGUUGCAGAGAACGUAUUAAUUGGGCACAUAUUAGAGGGAAUUAGCUAGGUAUGUUAAAUAGACCAGAGCCUUGCAGUGGGAGCAAGUAUCAUAAAUUAAAGUUUCACUUUAAUUAAACUGAGCAGCUAUUUCAGAAUAA